AUGCAUCCCCACAUGGAGUUGUGCAUGUAUCAGCUGGCGAGCAUUGUCUGUGAAAUAGACGUUUAUAAGGCUGCUGAUGAGCAUAGUGUUGUUGUAGUUGGAGGAGGCAGCUAUUCGGUUGGUGCUGCUGGUGGAUGGAUACUUGGAGGGGGACACUCGUCAUUGAGUCCCCAAUAUGGUCUUGGAGUCGAUAACGUCGUGCAGUUUGAAGUCGUUACUCCUGAUGGAGAGCUGCGUACAGUGAACGCAUACAAGAAUAAGGACCUGUUCUGGGCUCUGAGAGGUGGUGGCCCUGGCUUCGGAGUGGUCACCAAAGUUACAUACAGGACCCAUCCUGCUAUCACUUCCAUCGCCAGGCUCAGUCUCAACGUAACCUAUACCACACCGUCUUACAGAAAUCUACUCAGGACAUAUCUACUGCUUCAGCCAACCCUCAGUGCCAAAAAC